CUCUCAUCCUCUCGUCUGCUCCGCGCAAAAGCCCGCGCAGUUACGUAAUAAAUACCUCGCCUCCAGGGCUAGGGUCCCGGCCACACUUCCCCGACUCGUCCCACACCGUCGUCGUCAGCCGUUCGACUGCUUCACGACAUCCGCCUCUUCGACUCGCUGAACUCCCCACAAAAGCACCCGAACGCCCUCAAACCAGCGAUGAAAAAGGCCCUCGCCCGCCUAAGACCGUCGCUGUCUGCUCUCACCGCCCCGCUCUCGAGCGUCGACGAGUUCUUUGUCUCGCUCGACGAGCCCCACCGCGUCUGGGCGCCCGGCGAUGCCCUUACUGGAGUCGUCGUCCUCGACCUUCCGAAGCCGGUGCUCACCACUCAGGUCCGGCUGCGUCUGCUCGGACAGCUCACCGUCCGCAACCCGCUCGUGAAGGGGCCCUCGUUCAGACACGUGCUCUGCCACGAAGAAAUCGUGCUCUGGGACGCCGCUGAGCAGACCGAAGACAGCGAUCUGCCAGACUCAAAUACUGCUGCUGCUUCUGCUUCUACUACGAGCAAUAAUACCCAAAGCAAUACUACAGCUCCCUCCUCCUCAGCCUCAUCCUCCUCCUCUUCAAUAUCCUCAGCAAACGCAGUAGCAGCAUCACAGGCCUCCUCCUCCACUCCCACCCCCAACUCAGUCGCCCGCAAACUCCCCCGCGGCGAGCACUCCUUCGCUUUCAUGUUCGAGCUGCCAACAAAGGGUCUCAUGACCUCGCUCGAAUUCGAAAAGGGCUCGAUCGUCUACAUGCUCACCGCCUCGCACCACCGACCGGGCCCGUUCCCACCCGCGACAGCUCACAAGAUCCUCCCGCUGCAAUGCCCGCUCGACAUCGCCGACCUGCCGCCGCCAAAACCGUCGAUGCUGAGCGUCGAAAUCAAAAAGAAGACGCGCAAGAGUCGGGAGAGCGGGACGGCUACCGCGAUCGUCGAAACGCCCUCGGCAGGCUGUCUGCGCGGCGAAUCGAUCCCCGUGAAAAUCACAGUCAGACACGUCCGCGAGGUGCGCUCCGUCACCGGCGUAGUCAUCACGUUCCUGCGCAUAUCACGGGUGUGCGCGCACGACCUCGAACCUCUCUCGUUCAGAAAAGACCUGGUGCAGACCGUCGUGCCGCUCUACAUUGACUCGCGCUCACUCACCACCACAAUCACGGCAAACAUCCGCGUGCCGACAGAGAUAUUCCCGACUAUUGAUGAGUACCCGCUUGUUGCGUUCAAGUACUGUCUCGAGGUCGUUCUCGAUCUAUCUGGAAAAGCAGAUCUCCCGCUGUCGGCCCACGUCGCACCUACUCAAGCCGACGCAGCCGCCGGCGUGGACCUUACCUCGCGGCCAUACGUCGACACCGAGCUUCUGAAGCGCGUGAAGGGCGUCGUCAGUCUUUGGAAUGAGAUCGUCGUCGGCACAGAACGGUCGGAGCAUAUCUGCGCCAAGCUGAUACCCAACGAGCAAGUCCGGCAGAACAGCAACAGCAGUCCGAUCCCGGCGCAGCAGUCGUUUGCUUCUGGGCCUGCUACUCAAUCAGCUGUGCGCAACUCGACCGCUUCUCUCAGUAAUAACGCUUCAUCGGCUGGCUCUUCUAUGCCGGUUCCUCCUCCGAUGCCGCCGUCUACUUCAUCCGUUCCGGAAUAUACCGUCCCAGAUCCACAUCCAGCCUCAGCUCCAGCACCUAUAGCAUCCUCAUCAUCGUCCUCAGCAGCACCGGUGUCAACAGCGGCACCUGGGUACUCUUCAGAGUUACCCUCGACUUCAGCACCCGCAUACCCUCCACAGUCAGAAAAGGAACGACUGGCACUGUUGGAGCAAGCGCUCUUACCGUCCGAGCCGCCGGCUAUGUCUUCUGUCGCCGUGCCGGACGCGCCUCCAUUGGCUGCACUAGAUGGUUCUGCUGAGUUUCUUUCUCCUCCCGAGAUGCCUGCUUCUGGAUCUGGCUCCACCGCUGCUGACGAAAGCGAGCCGCGACCACUAGACAAAUUAGAGCAGGAGCGAGAGCGACUUUUACAGCUCGCAAGUGCUCCCGACGGCAGCGCGUCGACCUCGACGGCGCCCGCAAGCGAAGACCAGGUGCCUGUAUAUUCUGCAACCGCGCCGCCGCGGAACGCGAUCGAGGCGUUUCCGGACGACGACCCUACUCCUCGGUCGCUCAGCAACGGCGCAAACACACACGACGACAGCGACGCCGAGGACGACGAUGGCGCGGACUGGGUACCUGUCUACUCACCCAACGCGAACGAGGAGUUUGUCUCGAUGGGCGGCUAUCAUCAUACGUUGAUUGGGUAUAAUAACGGAUACGAUCUGGCGGAUAAUGCGAACGUGCCGUGCGAGUAUGCGGUGCAUCCGGAUGAUGUGUGAGCAAAAGCAGUUUUUGUAUUUUUGUGGGGUGUGGUGUAUGAUGUUGAUUCUCUUGCUGUACAACAUUCUCUUCUAUUUCUUUGCUAUUUAUGCCGUUAUUUUUUUUCUUAUUUUUUUCUUUACGGAUAUUUUCUCUUGUUUGAAUAUGGGCU